AGUAAGCAUACUGUCAACCUUCAUAGCACCCUUCAAGUACCUGAGUCCUGGCGCAACCACCAUGGAGGAUGAAGACAAUUUAAGUACCAGCAGUGCAGAAGUAAAGGAAAAUCGAAACAUUGGCAACCUGGAGGAUCAUCCAAUAUCCUCUAAUGAGAGGGCAAGAGGGGGAACACCUAGCAGUAAGAGGAAAAGACCCUUAGAGGAAGGCAAUAAUGGCCAUUUCUGCAAACUCCAACUCAUCUGGAAGAAAGUCUCGUGGUCAGUGACGCCAAAGAAUGCUCUGGUUCAGCUACAUGAACUUAAACCAGGUUUACAAUAUAAAAUGGUUUCCCAGACAGGUCCGGUGCAUGCCCCAGUCUUUGCUGUUGCUGUGGAAGUAAAUGGACUUACGUUUGAAGGCACAGGGCCCACAAAAAAGAAAGCCAAAAUGCGUGCUGCGGAGCUAGCUCUGAAGUCGUUCGUUCAGUUCCCCAAUGCCUGCCAAGCUCACUUUGCCAUGGGGAACUGCAUCAACCCAUCCACGGACUUUACUUCUGAUCAGGCAGACUUUCCAGAUACUCUGUUCAAGGAGUUCGAACCGUCUACGCACAGCGAGGACUUUUCAGUCUAUAACCCCGUUAAUAACGAAUUGCUUUCUACUGCUUAUCGACACGGGCGCUUACUCUGCCAUACGCUGGACUUAAUGGGCCACAGUAAGCAAAACAAGCACAAGAUGGCAUCCAAAGCAGAGAGCGAGAAGAACCCGGUGGUGCUGCUAAAUGAGCUGCGGUCAGGCCUGCGGUACGUCUGCCUGUCAGAGACAGUGGAGAAGCAGCACAUCAAGAGUUUCGUGAUGGCGGUGCGAGUGGACGGGAGAACAUUUGAAGGCUCAGGACGUAGCAAGAAGCUGGCCAAGGGUCAAGCAGCGCAGGCAGCCCUUCAGGCCCUCUUUAACAUUCGGCUGCCCAGCCACAUUCCCAGCAGGAGUAAAUGUCACCAUUUGCCACAGGAUUUUGCCGACUCCAUAUACCAAAUGGUUGCACAGAAGUUCCAGGAGCUGACAGACAAUUUCACUUCCAUGCACGCACGCCACAAAAGUCUUGCAGGCAUUGUGAUGACCAAAGGUUUGGACAUCAGGCAAGCUCAGGUUAUUGUGCUGUCAUCGGGUACCAAAUGUAUAAAUGGGGAAUACAUUAAUGACCAAGGGCUUGCGGUCAACGACUGCCAUGCAGAAAUUGUGGCAAGAAGGGCAUUUGUUCACUUCCUCUACUCACAGCUGGAGUUACACUUAAGGUAACUGAAUUCUGUUGAAGACUGGGAGCGAUCAAUCUUUGUGCGAUUAAAAGAGGGAGGCUACAGGCUGCGGGAGAACAUCCUGUUCCAUCUGUAUGUGAGCACUUCACCCUGCGGAGACGCGCGCCUCAAUUCCCCCUACGAAAUCACAACCGACU